AUGAAAAUAUUUAUUAUUGCUACAUUAGCUUUGAUCAUAUACAUUGCAAUUGAUCUUAUAUUCGAUUAGCAAAUGUGGGAUGCAAACACUACUUUAACAAUCUAUUUGCAAUCAAAUUAAUUCAAUGGAGAAAAAGACAUGUUCCUAGUCUUCUCCUAUUCUCUCUAUGUACUUCCAAGUAUAGCAGGAAUUGCUUUUCUAAUCUUGAAUAAUAAACUUGGUGCAUUAUUAUAUGGUGGAAUGAUACUAUUUUCAGUAGCAUCUAAUUGCUUAUUAAAAAACAUCUAUCAUUAGGCAAGACCAUUCUUUAUUGUUGAAGAUAUUGAACCUUAUGAAUGUAACAAAGAAUUUGGAAAACCUUCAGGUCAUGCUAUGACAUCUUAGGCAAUGUGUUUUUUAUUACCAUCCAUAUUAUUUCCUGCUAUCUGGAAAGAUUAACCAAAGUAUUAUAAUUAAUAGCUAUAGCUACAAGUAUCCAUUAUACAUCAGGUUUUUAGUUAUAUUUUUAAUUACUUUUUGGACAUUCAUGACUGGAUUUUCUAGGGUAUUCAUGGGAGUUCAUUCAUUUGGUUAGAUUAUUUUAGGUUGGGCAUAUUAAGCAUACAUUUCAAUUAUUUACAUGAUAUAUUUCCAUCAUCGUAUUCUAAAUUAUUUCAAACAAUGUUUAUAAGUAGGAUAAUAAGGAAUUUCUAUUAGAGUAAUUAAUGUGGCUGGUUUGAUAGUAUUCAGUUGGACUUGUGUAGCCAUUCUAUUUCUAGAAUUAAAUAGAAAUGUAUUUAUAACUCCUGCUGUAGCAACAUAAUGGAUGACAGCUGUUUAUUAAAAAUGUGAAAAUCAAACUACUCUAUACACAAUUCAAAGUCCUUCAGUUUUAUAAAAUAUAUGUUUCAGUAUGUCUUUAUACAUAUGGUUUAUGUUAAGCUUUGUUUUUGGAAUUAAACUAAGCAAAGGAAUUUAUUUAGAUAAUCAAUUCAGAAUUAAUUAUUAAAAACUAUCUUUUUGGAAAAAGACACUAAGAAUUCUAGUCUUAAUUAUCUUACUUGCCCUUUUGAUUCCAUUCUACUUUAUUAAAUUUAAUGCUGUUUAUGCAUAAGCAUUUGGCUAAGUAAUAUACUCUAGAAUUUAGGUUGUUCCAGUAUCUAUUCUAGGUGGAUUAUUUAUUACUGUUGCAUACUAAAAAUUACUGAGUCUUUUUUAAAUCUCUGUCCCAGGAGACUUCUUAUAAAUUAUCAGUAGUCAAGCAGUUGCAUCUGAUGGGUAUUCUAGUUUGCUACUAAAUAGAAUGUCUUUUGAAAUGUAAGCCAAGAGUUCUUGAUAUAUAUAAAAAUAUGACUUCAUUAUCA